UGGAAAUAUGACGGUGCGCUUAGGGGAAUACGACACGCGGAAUCCUAGGAGAGGUAUCGAAGUUAAUGUCGAUAGGACACUGGUUCCCCGAAAGUUCAUAGAAACGAACGAGCAACAGUAUGACAUAGGCCUACUUCGAAUGGCGAAAGAGGUGCCGUUCUCAGUUCAUAUAAGACCGAUAUGCCUUCCCUUCAAUGUGGAAAUGAUAAAUGUUUCACGAUUUAAGGUCACUGGCUGGGGUAGGCUUCAAAAUGGUAAAACGAGUCCCAUUCUGCAGACCGCUACUAUAUAUGCUAUGGAUCGUCGGCUUUGUGCCAAGAAAUUUGGUCUUACGGUUGAUAGAACCCAGAUUUGCGCCGGAAGUAGAAGAAGGGACUCUUGCAAUGGGGAUUCUGGAGGCCCUUUGAGCGCAAAUGUGGAUUACUUUGGACAGGUUCGACCCAUUCAAAUCGGAAUUGUCAGCUAUGGAAUUCCAAGUUGUACAGGUUUAACUGUUUACACAAAUGUGUCGCACUAUAUGAACUGGAUUAUAAAUGUUAUGAUUCGCAACUCAUAA